GUAUUAUGAAAUAUAGGAAAAACAUUUUACAUUUAUUUUUUAUUAAAUUAAUUUAAUUCUUACUUUCAGUGCCGUCUUCUGAACGAACAUUUAAAAUUUUUUUUUCAUUUAACCAAGAUAUGGUUUGGUGUGUAGAAGGGAUUAAUUUCCAAAAUUAUAUAGCAAUAACAAGUAAUAAUGACCAUGCUCGUCGCUUUAUGUGGGACCGGGUUAUGGAAGGAGGAAUCGAGACUCCUGAUAAUGGAGUUCAUCGUAUAGACAUGAGUGAAAAUGGUCUGGAUUUUAAGUCAAUUGACAGACUUACAGACACCGAAGAUGACUCAAAUAAAGAUAAAGAUAAUUCUUCAGAAAAUGAAACGGACAAAGAAAAGUUAAGCAGUAACGACGACGUUUUAUUAAACAAUGAUAUUCAGGUACAAGAAGUUAUUAAGUCAAGUUCUCAAAAUCGACCUGAAAUCCCUGUUUAAAAUUUCCAAUAGGAUCCUAUCAAAAGCGACAAAAGCCACUUAGAAACCCAUAAAUUUUAUUGAUUUCUAAGUGGCUUUUGUCGCUUUUGAUGGGAUCUUAUUGGAGAUUUUCAACAGGGAUGGAAUCUACCAAACCUAGGUCAAAAAAUUUAAAUCUUGGAAAAAUAGUUAAAAAUACGAGGAAGAAAAAAUCUACUGUUUGGAGCUUUUUUAUUAAAACUCUAAAAGGAGGAGAAUGUAAAUUAUGCACAAAAAAUGUUGCAGCUCCUGGUAACACGACUAAUUUAAAAAAUCAUUUAAAAAGGUCACAUUAUGGAAGCUACGCUAGUGUCGUUGUUGAUAUUAGCGUAAACGAUCGUUCUGAGGAUGCAGUUGAAAUCAACAGCAAUAGAAAAGAUUUAAAUACUCAAUCGAAAACAUUUAAUUCAGAGCAGCAAAGAAUUGAUGUGAGUUUUAAUCGAAUGUAGUCAUUUAAAAAUGGCGGCAGUCAACAUGAAAAAAUCACAAAUACAUUAGUAUUUAUGAUUGUUAAAGAUGAUUUACCGUACAUGGCUACUGAGAAACAGGGCUUAAGAAUGUUAUUAACGACAAUUUGUCCUCACUAUCAGAUUUCUAGUCGACAGAAAAUAACUGAGUUGAUAGAAGAAAAAGCUAAAGUUCUGACCAUGCUAUUAAAAAAAAAAUUAGAAGCUAUCGAUUCUUUUUCGAUGACUGCUGACGUUUGCACAGAGACAAAGACCUCGCGAAGUUUCCUAGGCUGUACAGUCCAUUACGUAGAAGAAAACUCGUUAAAAACUUUAUUUAACUUUAGAUAUGGUUGAAUUGACUGAUCGGCAUACAGCUAAAAAUAUUUCAAAACAAUUUGAAAAUAUACUAGUAAAGUGGAAUAUUCCAAAACAUAAAAUCACUGCAGUUGUAACUGACAAUGGUGCAAACAUGGUAAAAGCUGUAAAUGAUACUUUUGGAGUUUACAAAGGCUUAAGAUGUUUUGCACAUUCUCUAAAUUUGGCUAUGACUGAUACCUUUGAUAAAUGUCAAGAACUAAAAGAAAUCAUUGACAAAGUUCACAAUGUAGUUAUUUUUUUCAAAAGUCCAAUAGCAGCUGCUGAAUUGAAAAAGGUACAAAACAGUGAUGAAGUUUUAAGACUCAUUCAAAACGUUCCAACUCGGUGGAAUUCUAAAUUUUACAUGCUUGAAAGAUUUUUAAGAAUGUUGGAUUCAAUAGUGACUGCGCUUGUGAAAUGUGAUAAAGCUAAUCUCUUAUUAUCAGCGUCUGAUGUAACAAUACUCCGUGAAGUAGUAGAGCUACUUCGACCGGCAGAAAAUGUUACAAAAAGAAUAAGUGGCCAAAAUUAUGUGACUAGUAGUGAAAUGUUAUACCAUUUACAUUAUUUGUUCACAACAUUAUCAAAGUUACCUGUAACCACUGAAAUUACCCAAAAAGUGAAACAAAAAUUGGUGCAGUCUAUAAGUAGCCGCUUCAAAUCUAUUAAAAGUCACCCGUUGGUUGGUCCUGCUGCAAUCCUCGAUCUAAGAAUGAAAAAAAAAUUUUUUCUACCCGGAACAUCGUACUCUGCCAUGCGAAAAAAAAUAAAUGACCUCUUGUCCGGAACUGAAAAAUCGAAACCUACUAACCAACUUAAAACUCCAAUUAAUAAAAACAGUAUUGAUAAUGACCUUUUCAACUAUCAUCGUCAAUUAGUGAAACAAGACCAAGAGUUACAUGAACACUCAACUGUUGAAAAAGGGGACAUUGAUCUAAAAAAAUUUUUGGAUCAAGUAUCAUUGAAAUUGAAAAUGAUCCAAUUGACUAUUGGUUCCAAAAAAAAAAAUGAAGCUCCUCGGUUAUCAAAACUAUCAAUAAAAUAUUUAUCUAUACCAGCUACUUCUGUUCCAUCGGAAAGACUGUUUUCUUCUGCUGGUCAAAUAGCUUCCGCUAUUCGAAAUCGGAUUAGUGCUGCUCAUUUACAACAAUUACUGUUUUUGAAAUCAAUUAACAUUGAAGAAUGGAAGCUUGAUUAAAAAAUAUUUAAACUAUAAUUAUU